AUGGCACCUACAAAGCUAAGCAACCACCCCAUGCAAAUCCUCACAGCCUCAAUCGACCUCGAAAACCGAAAGAGCGACUGCGUCAAAUCAGCCGAGCGCGACUACUACAUAGACGCCCUCGAGGAAGACGAGGACGCCGACUUCGAAACCAUCCAGCAACGCGGGUGCCGCCAGAAAUCCGUCCAACUGAUCGAAGAGGUCGCGCGGCACUUCGCAGACCAAAACAUCCGGCACUAUUGGAUCUUCUGCGGGUACCGGGUCCCCGAGAAGAAAUGGCAGGUGUACAUUGGCUUCUUCAUGCCGAAGAUGGCAAAUGCGCAACGCAUAAGUAUCAAGCUUGAAGUUAUCUCGAAGUUCCUGGAUGGCCGGCCUGAUAGGGAUCUCACUGUUGACCGCUUCGGCAAGCUCCCGUUCCGUCUUAUUCUGCAUUGGAUGAGGCCGAAGGGGUGGGCUUAUAUGUCGCGGCUGGAGAUGAUUAGUGGCAUACCGCACACCGUUAAGGAAGGGAAAGAUGGGCACAUGCAGUGGUUGCGGCCUAGGGUGCGCCCGCGUGGCCCGGAUUAUGUGCCUAGCUGGUUUGAGGGUGGUCCUGGCUUCUUUUCCAAGGUGCUUUCGAAGAUCGCGCCGAGUGCUGAGGCGCAGACUGAUGAGAAUUUGCAGCUUAUGACGCUGGAUCAGGUGCUCGAGAAGAUGAAGGGGCCGAGUGCGGACGAGUUGCUGGAUUCUGAAUGUGGGGAUGGGCUCCAGCUACCUGAGUAUGACGAUCUUGACCACUGA